CUUUGUUAUCUUACAAACAAAAACUGAGCUGUGGACUGAUGGUACAAGCUAUAAGAAUAGUUUUAGUAAGGUUACUGAGUUAAAAGUUUGACAACUUUGACAAGAUACAGUACAACAGUGCCGUCAUGUUAACGUUCCUUUUGAUCGGCGCGUUGUUCCCGGCGGUGGUGUUAUGUGUCAGUGUUACCCAAUCCCUCGCCGACGGGGUGUGUCUCUGUGUGACCGAGCCAAAUGUGGACGCCUUGAGAGAUCCCACAAAUCCGACAAGCGUCAUAACAACGAUUUCAAACGGAAUGUGUUUUACGUCACACGGUGGCAUCUACAACAAUAAUGACGUCACAUUCUAUCAGCUGAGGGACGACAAAAAUGGUCAGACCGCGUGGAUAGACUCGUUCUACCUGUCGAUAGAGCCGAUGGACCACUGUAACGCCAGUGCCGUCUUGAAGGGCCUCAAUUACCACGUUCCCGACGGACCACCAGCAGACUGUGUGGCGUAUGGGAGGACAUAUACGCACGGUGAACAAGCGACGGUGGACGGCGCGGCGUGCACGUGCGAUGACGGCGUGCUCACGUGCUCGUUAUCAGGGCAACACUGCUUCUCCGAUGGCUUAGUGUUCCAACACGGGACGUCGUUUGACAUCACUGGCCACGGCACGUGUACUUGCUCUCAUGGAACGCUCAACUGUGGUGGCUUACCUGUAGGAAAAUAACCAAACUCAGUGUUUAUAUUCAGUGAAAUAUACAAUAACAAAUGUGAUUGUAAUAAGUUAA